CACGAGCCCCCCUGCUCCUGGUGACGUCAUUGCUGCCAUUCAAUCUCCCUAUUGCGGAUUCUGAUUGGAAUGGCGGACGCAGCCUUCUGAUUUCGGCUGCAACUCUGCGGAAAAUCAUCACUCUCCUACAAGUGCGGCCUCCACCAUUCCCUCCGUACACGAAAUUCCCCACUCAACCGUGCAAGAUAUGGUUGUGUUAAAGGGAUAACCGAGGAGGGAUCUCAGACUACCUAACCCUCCCAUUGAAGCUAGCAGGACCGGCGCUGGCCACAGGACCGUGUCAUCUUCGUAUCAGUUCACAAGGCGCAAGAGACUGAGCCUCUUUUUUCUCAAAGAGCGACUCGCACCAGCUUAUCCAAGGGAUUUGAAGGUCUAGGCAACUAGAGGUUCACCAUGCCAUCGUUCCAUCAUCUCGUCCGAAGGCAGGGGCAGCAGGCCCAGGCAGCCCCGCCCGUAGGACAGGCGCCCGCCGCCGGACCGGUUCCCCCACGGCCGCAAGGCUACCAGCAGUACCCACCACAAGCCUACCCACCAUAUCCCCCGCCCCAGGGGUAUCCCUAUCCACCGCAAGGCUACUAUCCACCGCAGCCCUACCCACCGGCGGGGCCGGGGGCUCCCGGGCAGGGCCUCGCCCCUAACGCCGCCGCUGUAGUCUCAACCGUCGCCGCUCUUAUCAAUGGAACCGCAGCCCCAACACCGCCGCUCACGGGAGCCAAGGGCUUCGAACACAAGAUGGAGGAACUCUUCAAGAAAAUUCCUCUGCCAAUGUGGGCCAUCUACACCAUCGCGGCCGUCAUUGCGCUCAUCUUGCUCGCCUGUAUCGCCUGCAUCUGUAAGAAGUGCGUGUUUAAGAAGAAGAAGAAGGGGAAGGGCGAAAAGGGCGGCAAGAAUGUCAUAGAUCUCAAAGAUGUCAAGAUGCUCGGCAACAGCUACAAGGAAAAAGUUCAACCGGAUGUGGAAGAAAUCGACGCGGGUCUGGAGGGGGAGGGGGGUGACAAUGAGUCGGUGCAAGAGAAGGUCAACUUAGGAAAGCUACAGUUUUCACUUGAUUAUGACUUCGAAGCCGGACAGUUGAAAGUCGGAGUGAUCCAAGCUGCAGAUCUGCCUGCCAUGGACAUGGCGGGGACGUCUGACCCCUACGUCAAGGUCAUGCUGCUUCCCGACAAGAAGAAGAAGUAUGAGACCAAGGUGCACCGGAAGACACUCAACCCUGUGUACAACGAGACGUUCGUCUUCAAGGACGUCAAGUUCAACGAGAUCGGCUCGAAGACACUGCGCCUGGCAGUGUACGAUUUUGACCGGUUCGGAGGCCAUGAUAUCAUAGGUGAAAUCAGGAUACCCAUGAACUCAGUGGACUUGGGCCGGGUCAUAGAGGAGUGGCGUGACCUAGAAGCCGCGGAAAAAGAAGGCCAGAACGAAAAACUGGGCGAUAUUUGCUUUUCCCUCCGCUACGUGCCGACCAAAGGCCAACUGACGGUCGUGAUCCUCGAGUGUAAACAGCUGAAGAAGAUGGAUCUGGGUGGAGCCUCCGAUCCAUACGUCAAGAUCUACCUGAUGAUGAACGGAAAGCGUCUGAAGAAGAAGAAGACCACCGUGAAGAAGUGCACACUCAACCCGUACUACAACGAGUCCUUCAAGUUUGACAUCCCGUUCGACCAGAUCCAGAAAGUGGAACUCGUGAUCACCGUACUGGACUGGGAUGCUAUCGGAGGAUCCGACCCAAUCGGCCGCACAGUGCUGGGCUGUAACGCCACCGGAGCCGAGCUGCGCCACUGGUCCGACAUGUUGGCCAACCCGCGGCGACCGAUCUGUCAAUGGCACACCUUACAGGAGGUGCCGGAGGACAAGUAAGGUCCCACCGGACGGGACGUGUACGUAAAGAGGGUAAAAACAUCCGUAUUUAGGGGACAAAAACAAAAUGAGAGAACUAGGAACCAUCCGGGAACUUGCAGCUGUCGCUAAGUAUCCGAUUUGCGAUCAUCGCAAGAUAUAUAUGUACCUUUGUGGACAAAUUACAAAAAAAAAUAUUUGUAUAAAUAACUCUACUCGCGAAAAGAACUUCGGUUCCGGGGACGAACUAGGCAAUCUGAAAUAUCUGCAGCCGCGUGUGUUUGUUUGGCAACUUGGAUCGAUCUAGGAAGUGAGAUAGAAAGGAACAUCAGGUAUUCCUUUCCACGCUCAUUGCUCUAGCGAAGCAAGGGCAAGGGAUGCGAUUGCAAAGAUUUCCUGCUUCGUCCCCGCUGCUAACUGUACGUGUAGCCAGCCAUCUCUGUAUUUGUGUGUUUUCUACAAUUCACACAUAAUCUUUGUCGUUUGUCGUUGUUGUCGGUAGAUCUGUAUAAAUGUGACAGGGGUAUUGUACAUGUCAUGGCAAUGGGAGGGAGUUUAGGUGUAAAAAGGCGAUAAGGCAAUUUGAUGAGUACAUUUUGCUGUUAUGUGGGUCUGUGUUCGAGCUGUACUGGGGGAAUAAUCGGUAUAUGGGUCAAAUUUCCAGGCGAAGAGAAACCAAGUUCGGCGCAACCAUCAGCACAAAACGCUUGGUUUAGAACAUGCUAGCCUACGUCGACCUUCUCUGCCGAAACAAACAUUUCAAAAGUAAAGUACCAAAGUAGGGAUUCUACAUAACAAGUUUGCCUGCCAGAUCUAGGGGUAGUCCUUGGACCAAUGUUCAUACCAAUUAUUCCCCCAUGCUGGUUUAUUUCCCUCAGAUUGGCCGUGUAGCGAUUGACAAUCUUCUUUCAAAAGGAGACAGGACAUGUGGUCUAAGAGGAAAGUUUCAAAUCUCGAUCUCUGACAGAUUGCCAUCAUGAUGACCGGGUUCUAUGAAAAUGAGACAUCGUGCACAGAGUUUGUUGGCACCCGACGUGCAAAAAACAAUGUAAACCUCGCUGACAACUGUGUACAUGUGAAAUCACAUGUGGUACUUAUGAGAGAAGUGAUUAACAAAGGAUGACCAAAAA